AAUUGUUGGACACGGGCUUAGUCGCUCCACAGCCUGUGUGAAUUUUCCCGGAGUAGGGUUCAAACCUGUGUCCCCUGCGUUGGCAGGCGGCUGCUUGAUUACUGCGCCACCAGGGAAGUCCCCGUUUUCUCUUUUCAUACUCGAAGUUGAAGCCCUGCGCUGCACUAGCGUUUCAAUCGUUUCUGAAAUGGUCUCUUACCUUGUCUGGUGCAGGAAACAUGAUGCUUUGGGGUAGGGAAACGGGCUACGGCUGACUGGACCCGGCACCGCGGUUCAGUUAGGAUGCGUUUCACUCGAAGCGUAAAAUGGUCAAGUUACUGUUUAGAUCUCCACCACGUUCCACUCGAUCGGACUCCGCGCGCGGGCUGGUGACGCAGCUGCUGCGCCGGAAGUGCGAGCCGUGGGCUCCGGGACUCAGCUAUGGCCGCUGCGGCAGCACGCUGGAACCAUGUGUGGGUCGGCACCGAUACCGGCAUCCUGAAAGGCGUGAACCUUCAGCGCAAACAAGCGGCGAACUUCACGCCGUCGGGCCAGCCGCGGCGCGAGGAGGCGGUGAGCGCCCUGUGUUGGGGCGCGGGCGGCGAGACUCAGAUCCUGGUGGGCUGUGCGGAUGGGACAGUGAAGCACUUCAGCACCGAGGAGGGCAGGUUCCAGGGUCAGAGGCACUGCCCCGGAGGGGAGGGCAUGUUCCGAGGCCUCGCCCAGGUCGACGGCAGCACCCUCAUCACAUGUGUGGAUUCUGGGAUUCUUCGAGUCUGGCAUGACAAUGACAAGGAGGCAUCCUCUGACCCUCUCUUGGAACUGAGGGUGGGCCCUGGGGUGUGUAGGAUGCGCCAAGACCCAGCGCGCCCCCACAUUGUUGCCACAGGUGGGAAGGAGAAUGCUCUGAAGGUGUGGGACCUGCAGGGCUCUGAGGAGCCUGUGUUCAGGGCCAAGAACGUACGGAAUGAUUGGCUCGACCUGCGGGUUCCCAUCUGGGACCAGGACAUACAGUUCCUCCCUGAGUCACAGAAGCUCGUCACCUGUACAGGGUACCACCAGGUCCGUGUCUAUGAUCCAGCCUCCCCCCAGCGCAGGCCGGUCCUCGAGGCCACCUACGGAGAGUACCCACUGACAGCCAUGACCCUCACUCCUGGGGGCAAUUCGGUGAUUGUGGGGAACACUCAUGGGCAGCUGGCAGAAAUUGACCUUCGGCAGGGGCGCCUACUGGUCUGUCUGAAGGGGCUGGCGGGCAGCGUCCGAGGGUUGCAGUGCCACCCUUCAAAGCCCCUUCUAGCCUCCUGUGGCUUGGACAGAGUCUUGAGGGUACACAGGAUCCGGAAUCCACGGGGCCUGGACCAUAAGGUUUACCUCAAAUCUCAACUGAACUGCCUCCUGCUGUCAGGCAGGGAUAACUGGGAGGAUGAACCGCAAGAGCCUCAAGAGCCCAACAAGGUGCCCUCAGAAGACACAGAGACAGAUGAACUCUGGGCUUCCUUGGAGGCAGCUGCCAAGCGGAAACUCCCCGAUUUGGAGCAGUCCCAAGGCGCCCUCCAAACCAGACAGAGAAAGAAGAAGCGGCCUGGGUCCACCAGCUCCUGAAGAGCUUGUGCUCACGUUGUAAAUAAACAGCUUAAUACGCA